CUCUCAGCCUUUCUAUAUAAAACGAAAUAAAGAAGAAAAUAAAUACCAGAAGUGGUAUAGUCUAGGCCGAUACAUUUCACUAUCUCUCUCUCUGUUGUUUUUCCUCUUCUUUUUUUUUCCAUUUGAUUUCAAAGACUCUCACACAAAGAGCUUCAGAUUUAUAAGAGCGUGAUAAUGGCUUUAAGACAAAGAUUGGUAAGAAGAAAAAACUAGAGAGAAACGACCAAAAUCUCAAGCAAACAGUACUAUCUUCUGUUGCAAAACAGAAGAAGAUGUCUUGUAAUAAUGGAAUGUCUUUUUUCCCUUCAAAUUUCAUGAUCCAAAACUCUUACGAAGACGAUCAGCCUCAUCAAUCUCCUUCUCUUGCUCCUCUUCUUCCUUCUUGUUCUCUACCUCAAGAUCUCCAUGGGUUUGCUUCGUUUCUAGGUAAGAGAUCUCCAAUGGAAGGUUGUUGCGAUUUAGAAACAGUGAACAACAUGAAUGGUGAAGAAGAUUAUUCAGAUGAUGGGUCUCAAAUGGGAGAGAAGAAGAGGAGACUGAACAUGGAACAAGUGAAGACAUUAGAGAAGAACUUUGAGCUUGGAAACAAACUUGAACCAGAGAGGAAAAUGCAGCUAGCUCGUGCCUUAGGUUUGCAACCAAGACAGAUCGCGAUUUGGUUCCAAAAUCGAAGAGCUCGUUGGAAAACAAAGCAGCUUGAGAAAGAUUAUGAUACUCUUAAACGACAGUUUGAUACACUUAAAGCUGAAAAUGAUCUUCUUCAAACUCAUAAUCAGAAACUUCAAGCUGAGAUAAUGGGAUUAAAAAACAGAGAACAAACAGAAUCAAUAAAUCUAAACAAAGAAACUGAAGGAUCUUGUAGUAACAGAAGUGAUAACAGUUCAGAUAAUCUCAGACUCGAUAUCUCAACUGCGCCGCCAUCAAACGACAGUACAUUAACCGGUGGCCAGCCACCGCCACCACAGACAGUCGGUCGACACUUCUUCCCACCGUCGCCAGCCACCGCAACGACAACAACGACAAUGCAGUUCUUUCAAAACUCAUCUUCAGGACAGAUUAUGGUUAAAGAAGAGAACAGUAUCAGUAACAUGUUCUGUGCAAUGGAUGACCAUUCUGGUUUUUGGCCAUGGCUUGAUCAGCAACAGUACAAUUGAAAUUGGUCUACCUGUUUUUUUAUCUUUUCUUUUUAUUUUUUUAUAUAAAUAUUUUUUGUAUUUUGAAUUUUGAUCAGAAGAACCCAUGCAUGUUUUCAAAAAUUGGAAUCUAUCACUAGCUCACUUUGAAAUCUGCAACCAAACACCACCGAGUUUUUUGUUUACUUUUUGAGUAAAUGAUAUG